AUGAUGUACGCCAAUUUUAGAAGUAUUAUAUGGUCAUUGUUAGCACCAUUUUUGUUUAUUUUUGGAUACGUGGUAUAUUUUGCAAGCGAUACAGUUAAAACAUGGGAUAUCAAUAGAGAUAGUAUAAUAAAUUCUGUUUUUGUUAAAAGAGGUUGGUUCUGGAACUCACUGGUAUUAUGGUAUGUCAUACUCUUUACUAAUAUAACAAUAGUAGAUGAACCGAAGCGAAAUAACUCCAUUGAAGGGAGGAAGACAAAGACAAGAAUCCAUACUCUAAAUAUCAAAAAGUUUAUCAAACGAUAUGUGAUAGUGACGAUGUGGUGGAUUUUAUUUACACAAGGUAUUCCAUUUUUUAAAAUUCCACCUAUUAUGGACCUUUGUUUUGUUUUCACUGGAGGUUCUUGUAAUUUUGAAAUCUUUGAUGAAUCAAACGCUAUUAAUAUUAAAUUCCAAGAUUCAGAAUAUAGGAAGCUUAAAUCUUUAAAAAGAAUAUACAAGAUACUUAAGGAUUAUAAGGAAUCAUACAUUGAAUCUUCGUAUUUGCACCACCUACGUUGUGCGAUAGAUGAAAAUGCUGAAGGUUGCAUGGAUUUUGUACCUUCUAAAGAUACAAAUGAAUUGAUAAAAAAAAUACAGGACCUCGAUCCGAUGGUUCAGUUUAUAUCCUCUAAAUGCAAAAGAAAUGGGGGCCAUUGGGUAGGUGGUCAUGAUCCUUCAGGGCAUAUAUUUUUACUUACAUUGAUGAUGAUGAUGAUUAUAGCAGAAUUACCUAAAAUUAAUCGUAUCAGAAAACAAAAUAUGAUAUAUCAAAAGGACAGUAAAAUUCGAAGGGUAAACAUCGUUGAAAAAAUAAGUAAAAUUAUUGGCGAAAUUAUUGGAACUAUACCGUCUAGGAGUAUUUUAAGUAAUGGCUUGUUAUCCACUUAUGAGAAACUUUACCAAUUUUUAAUACUACCAAUCAUGCAAAAUGUCAAGUUAAUAAUUCAGCUUAUUUCAUAUACGAUUCAUUUUGCACUUUUCCAAGAACCUGCUGUGCUUCUAAUAAGUCUUUUAGGCAUGUGGUGCUAUAGUUUUCUUAUUACUAUCAUAGUUUUCCAUACGUUUUACGAACAAGUUACAGGGUUCCUCUCUGCAUAUAUUGUUGCUGUGAUUAUAUAUAGAUUAGUUAAGUAG